GCUGAACAUGUAAAUCCAGCUGACGCAUGCGUAGCACAAGCCUAGCUAAGAAUCUAAAUCGAUUAUCGAGAUGUAAACAGUCGAUAUUCAUCAUGGCUGAUAAACCAAAUGCCCAGAAAAGUGUGAAAAUAGCUGCUGGAGCGGUGGUAUGCGUUGAAAGCGAAAUAAAAGGAGAUGUUACUAUAGGCCCCAGAACUGUGGUUCACCCAAAAGCUCGCAUCAUCGCCGAGGCAGGACCCAUCAUCAUUGGAGAGGGCAAUCUGAUAGAGGAGCAAGCUGUUAUAAUUAACAGUUACCCAGAAAACAUCACUCCGGACACAGAGGGAGUGGAACCGAAAACUAUGACCAUUGGCAUCAACAACGUGUUUGAAGUUGGAUGCACAUCUCAAGCCUUGAAGAUUGGAGAUAACAAUGUAAUAGAAUCUAAAGCGGAGGUUGGCAGAAACGUGAUCCUGACCAGCGGCUGUAUUAUUGGCGCUUUCUGUCCUGUAAACACUUGUGAGGUCAUACCUGAAAACACAGUCAUCUAUGGCUCAGGAUGCAUGAGACGGGUUCAGACUGAGAGGCCCCAGCCCCAGACUCUUCAGCUGGAUUUCCUGAUGAAGAUCCUGCCCAACUACCACCACCUGAAGAAAACGGUCAAAAUGGCCGCCACACCAGUGAAAAACUGACCUCCCACACAAACUGAUAAACUAUGACUGAAUCAAAAUCUCCAAUCUAAACUUAACUUCUUAGAAUGUAUACGUUUCUACUUUCUACAGUGCUUAGCACUUCUGUAGCCAAUAUUUAUGCCGUAUGUCUGUCUGAAUUACAUUCAAUACGUGUUUUUAUACACUUGUAAUAAAAGAUGAUCUAAGAAAAAAAAAGUUGGUGGUACAGUUGGUUAUAGAUAUAUGGAUAUUCACUUGGAUGGAAUUAUGUACAAUAAUUAUUGUACAGUAAGCUAGGUGCAAUAAAAAUGGCUUAAGC